AUGGCCGGGAUCCUGCCGCUGCUGACGCUGCUGCUGACGCUGGCGCAGGCGGGCGUGGCGGGCGCCGCGGGCUCGGUGCGCCUGGCGGGCGGCCUCACGCUGGGCGGCCUGUUCCCGGUGCACGCGCGGGGCGCGGCGGGCAGAGCGUGCGGGCCGCUGAAGAAGGAGCAGGGAGUGCACAGGCUCGAGGCCAUGCUGUACGCGCUGGACCGCGUGAACGCCGACCCCGAGCUGCUGCCCGGGGUGCGCCUGGGCGCGCGGCUGCUCGACACCUGCUCGCGGGACACGUACGCGCUGGAGCAGGCGCUGAGCUUCGUGCAGGCGCUGAUCCGCGGCCGCGGCGACGGCGACGAGGCAGCCGUGCGCUGCCCAGGCGGCGUCCCCCCGGUGCGCGCCGCGCCCCCUGAGCGCGUGGUGGCUGUCGUGGGCGCCUCGGCCAGCUCCGUCUCCAUCAUGGUCGCCAACGUGCUGCGCCUGUUUGCGAUACCCCAGAUCAGCUACGCCUCCACGGCCCCUGAGCUUAGUGACUCCACACGCUAUGACUUCUUCUCCCGCGUGGUGCCACCUGACUCCUACCAGGCCCAGGCCAUGGUGGACAUCGUGCGGGCAUUGGGAUGGAACUACGUGUCCACGCUGGCCUCCGAGGGCAACUAUGGCGAGAGUGGGGUUGACGCCUUUGUGCAGAUCUCCCGAGAGGCUGGGGGGGUCUGUAUUGCCCAGUCCAUCAAGAUUCCCAGGGAGCCAAAGCCAGGAGAAUUCAAUAAGGUGAUCAGGAGACUCAUGGAGACACCAAAUGCCCGGGGCAUCAUCAUCUUUGCCAACGAGGAUGACAUCAGGAGGGUCCUGGAGGCUGCACGCCAGGCCAACCUGACCAGCUACUUCCUGUGGGUUGGCUCAGACAGCUGGGGAGCCAAGAUCUCACCCAUCCUGAACCUGGAGGACGUGGCCGUGGGAGCCAUCACCAUCCUGCCCAAGAGGGCCUCUAUUGAUGGAUUUGACCAGUACUUCAUGACUCGCUCCCUGGAGAACAACCGCCGGAACAUCUGGUUUGCUGAGUUCUGGGAAGAGAAUUUUAACUGCAAACUGACCAGCUCAGGUACCCAGUCAGACGAUUCCACCCGCAAAUGCACAGGUGAGGAACGCAUCGGCCGGGACUCUGCCUACGAGCAGGAAGGGAAGGUGCAGUUUGUGAUUGAUGCUGUGUACGCCAUUGCCCACGCCCUCCACAGCAUGCACCAGGCUCUCUGCCCCGGGCACACAGGCCUGUGCCCGGCAAUGGAGCCCACCGACGGGCGGACACUGCUUCAGUAUAUUCGAGCUGUACGUUUCAAUGGCAGCGCAGGAACCCCUGUGAUGUUCAAUGAGAACGGGGAUGCACCCGGGCGAUACGACAUCUUCCAGUACCAGGUGACCAAUGGCAGUGCGGGCAGUGGCAGCUACCAGGCUGUGGGCCAGUGGGCGGAGACCCUCAGACUGGAUGUGGAAGCCCUGCAGUGGUCGGGAGACCCCCGAGAGGUGCCCGAGUCUCAGUGCAGCCUCCCCUGUGGGCCGGGAGAGCGGAAAAAGAUGGUGAAGGGCGUCCCCUGCUGUUGGCACUGUGAGGCCUGCGACGGGUACCGCUUCCAGGUGGACGAGUUCACUUGCGAGGCCUGCCCCGGGGACAUGAGGCCCACGCGCAACCACACGGGCUGCCGCCCCACGCCAGUGGUCCGCCUGUCCUGGUCCUCGCCCUGGGCGGCCCCGCCCCUCCUCUUGGCCGUGCUGGGCAUCAUGGCCACCACCACAGUGGUGGCCACCUUCGUGCGGCACAACAACACGCCCAUAGUCCGGGCCUCUGGCCGCGAGCUCAGUUACGUCCUCCUCACCGGCAUCUUCCUCAUCUACACGGUCACCUUCCUCAUGGUGGCUGAGCCCGGGGCGGCUGUCUGCGCUGCCCGCAGGCUCUUCCUCGGCCUGGGAACCACCCUCAGCUACUCUGCUUUGCUCACGAAGACCAACCGCAUCUACCGCAUCUUUGAGCAAGGGAAGCGCUCGGUCACGCCCCCACCCUUCAUCAGCCCCACUUCGCAGCUCGUCAUCACCUUCAGCUUCACCUCCGUGCAGGUGGUGGGAGUGAUGGCCUGGAUGGGCGCCCAGCCCCCACACAGUGUGAUUGACUAUGAAGAGCAGCGGACGGUGGAACCAGAGCAGGCCAGAGGGGUGCUCAAGUGCGACAUGUCAGAUCUGUCCCUUGUCGGCUGCCUGGGCUACAGCCUCUUGCUCAUGGUCACAUGCACGGUGUAUGCCAUCAAGGCCCGUGGCGUGCCUGAGACCUUCAAUGAGGCCAAGCCCAUUGGCUUCACCAUGUACACCACCUGCAUCAUCUGGCUGGCUUUUGUGCCUAUCUUCUUUGGCACUGCCCAGUCAGCUGAAAAGAUCUACAUCCAAACCACCACACUGACUGUGUCCUUAAGCCUGAGUGCAUCGGUGUCCCUCGGCAUGCUCUAUGUACCCAAAACCUACGUCAUCCUGUUCCACCCGGAGCAGAACGUGCAGAAGCGGAAGCGGAGCCUCAAGACAACCUCCACAGUGGCAGCCCCACCCAAGGGCGAAGGCACAGAGGCCCCCAAGUAG